CAUAAAAGACUGAGGAACCAUUCCCCCGCUUGCCAUCUUGGACCAUUCCUGGGAGGCGACGGGAUCCUCUGCUGCAGCUGCAAGGAGCUCAAGGAUGUUGAGGGGUGCCGUUGGCCUACCUGCAGCGAGAGCCUGUUGAGGGGGCUGCUGAAUGUUUGUCCCGGGCAAUAAUUAACCAGAGCAAACAGCGCCCACAGUUGCAAAACCCGGGAGGCUUUCGCCUGGGCCUUGAAGUGUAAAUAGACCUUGUGAGCCAAAGAUCAAACAGGUUGUUUUGAAUGGAUACCUGGAACUGGGCAAGCUGCUCAUUCCCUGGGAAUCUCAGUGCCUGGAAAUGCUCUUCUCCGCCUCUGAAGCCCCGCCAAGCGGCCUUGGGAAGGCCCACGUGCCGGGGGCAACAGACUUCCUCGCUCUCUGCAGAACCCCCUGCUCCACGUGGAAGGCCGGAGGGACUGACAAAGGCAGCCCCCAGGCCGCCUGGCCUCCCUUGGACAGCCAAACUCCCAGACUCUGUCGAAGUCCAGGCGGUUCAUAAAGCCGCGAGCGAGAUUCAUCCCGCAAGACGUGGUGACCAGCGAUCUCGGGACCACUGGGGGCCGCUGCAGUGGGUGGGUCCCCCGACCAGCCCCAGGAAGGAGCAUUCGGAAUCCCCAUGCGGACAAGCCAUUCUCAGUGGAAUUCCGCUCCCACAGGAGCAAGUGAAGAAGCUCUUUGCGCAAGGGACUCAGGAGACCGUGUGUAAGAACAGGGAUCUGACCCGCUUCCUCCGCAGGAAUGUUUGGGAAGGGAUGCACGAGCUGAACCUCGCAAUCAAGUAUGACCACGUCACGAUCAGCAGGGCCUGCCGAGAGAAGAAGCGGCUCCGAGUGGCUCUGGCUGAGUACGCCGUGGAGGAAGCGCGAGCGCUGCUGAGCAGCCAUGUCUUCGACCGGAUGAAUGCUCACAACGUCUUGCUCUUCGAAGUGAAGCGGCGGGGAAAGCUCCUGGAGGACCUGCAGCUGCGGCUGCAGCAGCUGCUGGACCUGGGCACGGCCAGUCCAGAGUCCCAGCUGCAGCUGCAGAUGAUCCGCCAGCUGGAGAACAGCAUUGAGAAGAUGCGCGUGAAAAUCACAACUGCGGGGAAGACCUGCAUGCUGUACACAAAGAUGUUAGAUGUGCUGAGAGAGGAAUUGUCGCACUUCCCUUUCAUCUUGGACGACCUGGAGAGCAGGGUGGGGGUCUAUCAGGUGGAACUGAAGGGCAUGCACCUGAUGGCUGUGGACGCGAUCGAGGCAAUGGAGGCCGCCAAGGCGGACAUGGCCAAUGCCGAGAGCGAGCUGGUGGCGGAGAAGAAGUUCAGGGAGAACUCGCUGAGCAUUCAGAAGAAGCAGAUCGAGCGGAUCCGCACGAAGGACGCCAGUGAGCGGCACCGCCGGAUGCAAGCCCGGAGAGACAUGAACAUGGAGUUCCCCAACCUCAUUGCCCGCGAAGGGACUCGAGGCGCAAAGCUGGAAGCCUCCAAGGCCCAGAUCGAGUACCAGAGCCUCGUGACCACCGAGGUGGACAAGAUCAAGUGCGCCGUCCAGUGCUCGCACCUCUGGGACAUCGCCGGGAGGUUCAUGGCCCAGAAGGCGUCCGAGGAGAACCUGCAGCAGCAGAUCGCGGAGUCGGAGAAGAAGCGCCGGGAGCUCCAGGCCCAGCUGAGGGAGCUGGAGCUGCAGCGGGCCGAGCUGAAGUUCCACCAGACCCCCAGCGCCCUCAGUUCUAGGAAGUUAGAGGAGGAGCUGCGGAAAGCUCUGGAAGAGGAGCAGACGCGGCUGACUCAGGUGCAGGCCCAGGUGUUCAAGAACCAGGAGCUUCUCCUGCAUUUUGAAAAUGGGGUCAACAACCUCAUGCUGAGGCUGUGUGGCAUCAGCGUCCUGGGCCAGGAGGACUCCUCCCUGGAAGCCGGGGAUAUGUUUGACAAGCUGCAGUUCUGCGAAACCAAACUGCUGCACCUGACCAAAGCAAUGGAGAAGCUGCCCUCCUACGACUUCAGCCAAGAAGAGAGCAAUGAGACUUUUAUACAUGUCAGGAAUUUCCUAGAGGAAAGUACCAGAGAGGAACCCCAAAACUUGAGGGUCACAUUUGAAGAAGACGACGACGAUGUCAGAGAGGUAUUUAACUUUGCCGACAUCGACCACAGCUACGUGCCCAACCGGGAGGAGAUCAAGAAGCAGGGCUUGAAACUCAUCGAAGACAAGACAAAAGUCACUAAGAAAAAGCAGAGGGGAUCCUCCAAGAAAUGAUGCUCCCCUACAGAUCCUACCUCAAGUACCCCCCCUCUUUUUGGAAAAGUAUGUGCUUUCCCCCCUCUUCAUUUUCGCUUCUCUCCCAGGAGCUGCUCCACAUUUGACAGAUGUAUUUUUCUUAAAGGAUGUGAAUGUAAUUGAGGAUGGACAAGCUCGUUUCUUGUGGUUCUCACUUCAAACACACAAGUGUCCCUGCCGCCCACCCAUACGGGAGCAGUGCACACGGUUUCCCCAC